GUGGGAGAAAUUUGAUUUCAAGAGGUUAAUUACCCCUAUCCAUUAUAAUAUCGGGAAUGUGGCGUAGGGUUAUUUAAGGUCUUAAACAGUUAAAGGACAUAUCCCCAAGAGACAUAUCAUAUCGUUGAUUGCACUCGUGUGAGGGCUGCUGCGAGAGAACCGCAGCACAGCCGUGUCGCCGCUUACGGUGCGAUUGAGACGAUAGACUCGAUAUAGUGACGUCGGGGCUAUUCAACUCCAAUUCGCAAGAGAAGAGGAAUAAAGUGAUGAAUUGAGCCCUAGGACUGGUCUCUUGAAAGAACAAGUCUACACUUAGCAAUACUCGCCGUAGCAAGCGAUUAGGAGCACACCAAAUGUGAGAUGCAUGCGACUAUUGGGUUGCUCGGUCUAGAAGAUAUAUACGUUCUUUUCGGCUAGAUAUUUUCAGUGGCGACUUCGGGUGGCAGGGAGACUUCCUUUGACGGAAUCCAAGAACUACGUAAUUGGGGACAGUUUAUAUAUUCAAGAGACAUUAAUAUCACAUUUGGAGAAGUUUUGUUAUCAAGAAAAUACAAUCCCGAACUAGAUACAGAAAAGAAACAGAACUAGAUACAGAAGAGGAACAGAACUAAAAACGGAGACUAACUGCGUAUAUCUGAGGACACUAUGAUGGAAAAGGCUAUUCGUCUCUUGUUAUUGCUGUGCUUUAUCAUCAUAACCGUGAAAAACGUGGACUACGCGGGCGCCAGCAAUGCCAGUGCCUUUUACUGUACAGCGGUAAAUAUAUCCUCUUCAGAGAUCAGACUAAACUGGCCAGCCGCAGAUGAGGAAGAUACCUACCGAUACGUGGUCCAGUACUACCCCGUCUAUUCACCGAACAUUUCGAUGUAUGACACAGUACCUGAUGGCAAGUCAAUGUAUUACGUAAGCGGUCUUGAGGAGCAGACUAUGUACCAGUUCUCUCUGUUGCGAUCAGAUCAACUUGGGCGAGACUGGUCGCGGGUUUGCGUCGUCUACAAGAGGACUGGUCAACAAACUUUGUACCCAGUGCGAGGUCUGCUCCAAUUCGUCCUCAACACCACGACAGCGUACAUCACAUGGAAAGGCACGAGUGUGCCUGGUUCUAAUGUGUCCUACAGGGUCUUUAUGGACUGGCUCGAGCACAGGGUGCCCAAGAGUGCCCUCGUGUACGAUGGCGAUAAGAGGAACGCUGUAGUUACCCGCAGACCCUUGCCUCAUCACGUCAAGUUCCACGUGAAUGUGGUUUACGAGGAAAGAGUGGAAGGCCAAACAACUGCAGCGACACCCACGCACUUUCCCGUACACACGCCCGACUCGUCUGACAUCACCUUGAAGGUCAAGGUCAUCAUAUUCAGCUGGAACUUUAUCCACCUCAGCUGGAACCCAGUCCCCGUUCAACAAGGCGACCUCACUUAUGUGAUCCAGUAUAAAACCACUGAAGAGGAACAUCAAGUGAGGACGUCACAAGAUAACGUCAUACUUAGCGGUCUUCGGCAGUUUACCACUUACCAAGUGCGAGUGCGGGCUCAGCUUAAUAACGAUGAAGUCAUCGUGACGUCAAGCUGGAAAUCUGUAAGGACAGCAGAUCAAGACGAGUGUUCCAGUGGAAAGCACACGUGUGAUGAAGACGCCGAGUGCAUCAAUAUGCGAGGGUCAUACACAUGCAUGUGCCGCGAAGGGCUUAUCGGCGACGGGCAUUCGUGCAAAGUUCCUGAGUUCUCUACCGCUGACCUCCUGACUUAUUGUCCGGCUCAUUACGAGAACGGUAUCAUGUGGCCACGUACUGCGCAUGCGCAAACACAGAUACAGCGCUGCCCAAAGGAUUCAACUGGCGUGGCAUCGCGACAGUGCUCAGGGCCAGCGGACUCUCCCGAGUGGGAGAUCCCGGAUAUGAGUCAGUGUGUAACAGAUGCAAUAGCAAGAAUACACAAAGAGCUUGAAGGCCCGGAUGUCAAGCCCUUUCAAGUUGCUACAAAGCUGGAGCGGGUUACCACUGACCACAACGACAAGAAACCGCUGUACGCAGGUGAUCUCAGGCUCAUCGUAAGCUCGGUGAAGAUCUUGUCACGUGACGCAUUCCGACGUGGCCUGGGAGAAGCAGAUAUCGCUCAAGCUAAGACACUUGCCAAGACGAUUCUUCAGUCUUCAAGCAACAUUCUGGACCCAAGCACAAGGGAUUCAUGGAAAUACAUGCCGAAGAAAUUUGCAGAGAGAGAAGCCAACGACUUGAUUGAGAGCCUCGAUAUGAUGGCCGAUCAGCUUGCCGAAGCUAUUGGCGACUCGCAGACCCUGCUACAGCGCAGCCCGAACAUCGUGCUUAGCGUACGUGGUAUCGGAGCCAACGAUCUGGGUGAACAGCGGCUGCCGCCAGGCGAGGACACGCCGGAGGAUUUCCUGUCAAGGGUUACAGUCCCUGGCUCCGUGCUCCAGCACUCUUCUCAAGGAAACCACAAACGCUUGACUUUUGUUUCGUUCAAAUCAAUAAAAGACCUGCUUCAGAUUUCUUCACGAGGUCACGUGGACUCCGCCGUCGUCUCGGUAACGCUGAAGCCAUUAAAGAAGAACCAGUUUGACGAACCAAUCACCAUCACCAUUCGGCGGUCAGAGAAACCCCAUUCUGGAGUACCGGCGUGCGUGUUUCUCAACGGCACUAAAGACAGAAGUUCCAGACUCUCUUGGUCAGGUGACGGUUGCACGGUUGGCAAGACGAACUCUACGCAUGUGCAGUGCCACUGUCGUCAUCUCACAAGCUUCGCGGUCCUAAUGCAAGUCAGCGAUGGGGGCACAAGCAAGGUCGAGCCAGAGCAUCACUUCGCGCUGACCCUAAUCACCUACAUAGGCAUCAGCCUGUCUCUAGUCGGUCUUAUCGUUGUCUUUAUGACGUUCACGUUUAUGAAGUUCCUGCGAUCUCCGCGACAUUUCAUCCAUGCCAACCUUGCUCUGUCACUGGCGCUCGCUGAGAUGGUAUUCCUACUGGGCAUCGACAGAACUGAAUACCAGGUUGCAUGCAAGAUCUUGGCCAUCGCGAUGCACUACCUGUUCCUCGUUGCAUUCGCGUGGAUGGCGCUAGAAGGCGUCAUCCUCUACCUGAUGCUUGUCAAGGUCUUCCACAGCAGCGUAUCAGGCAGAAAGACCAAGACCAUCUUUUUCGCGUGCGGAUGGGGGCUUCCUGUCAUAGUGGUCGCCGUCUCGGCUACUGUGUACCACGAAGGUUACGGCACACAGACGUUCUGCUGGCUAUCGUUGGAACGUCAUUUCAUCUGGGCUUUCGUGGCGCCAGUGCUUGCCGUCAUACUGUUCAACUUUGUUUGUCUUGGAAGGACGUUUUACGUGAUGGCCAAACGAGGCAGUAAUGGUAGAAAGGAAAGCAAAGUGGCCAAAAUCAGAUACUGGGCCCGAUCCUGUUGCUUACUCACGUGCAUUCUUGGGGUCACGUGGUUACUUGGAGUGUUCUUCGUCAACGAAGAGACGCUGGUGAUGGCCUACUUGUUCAGUAUUCUCAACGCAUUGCAGGGUGUGGCAAUUUUCCUUCUUCACUGCAUUGGAGACCACAAAAUUCGCGCCGCCUAUCGCCGCAUGGUGAAGUGCCACGAAGACCCACUCUCUUCAUCGAGUGCAGGCAACAAGACAACACGAGGAGAUCCGACCUCCAGCGCAGAGAAGCGAAAAAAGAAACGACUUGUCAAGCAAUCAACAAUGUCAUCAAUGCUUAAGACACCGUAUAUCAACCCGCAGAACAAACUCAACACGCUCCCUCCCCCUAACGAAACAACACGUGACCCAGUGAAUCCAAAUCCUGUCCCUAAGGUCAAGGUUGAUGUCAAUGAGAUCAAAGAGGAUGACGGAAAUUGCAUGAUGCAGUUCAAUGAGGAUAACGCUCGGUUCAUUGAGGAUAGCGUGCCGUUCAAUGAGGAUAGCGUGCCGUUCAAUCAUGAAGAAGUUCUGUCUAAUGGCAAAGAGGCAAACGUCAAUGACUACGCGAUCCAGGUGAACGAUGAAAACCUUCAUCUCAAAGAUGAAGAGGUUCACCUCAAUAACGAGAGAGUUUAUUUCGACGGGAAAAACAUCCAGUUUAACGACGAGGAAGCUCAUUUUGACGAUAUGGAGGAACCAAUUGAGAUGACCAGUGCAAUCAUAGAAAGCGAAGUGAAAGUAGCCUUAUUAAAGCACGGGAACGGUACAGCAAACUGGGUGUAAAAUGUCACGCAACGACGCGUAACAAAAACUGCAUUUAAAACACCCUGCGUCAAGCGUACUGGAAUGAUAUGGAUAUUGAUGUCACGCAACACCACGCGAGCCUACUGGAAUAAUAAGAAUAUUGAUGACACACAACACCACGCGAGCUUUUUUAUAUAGAUGUCACGCAACACCACGCGAGCGUACUGGAAUGACAUGGUUAUAGAUGUCACGCAACGCCACGAAAAGCGUACUGGAAUGACAUGGAUAUAGAUGUCACGCAACACCACGCGAGCGUUCAGGAACACGCCACACGAAACAUAGGAAGAAAUGAGUAAAAAAAUUACAUGUUGAAUGAGCACCGAGUAGUAAUUCUGGUAUGGGAUUCAUUGCAGGUCCUUGUUGCCAAAGCUGAUGGCACAAAUGACGCAUCGCAUACAAACACACUUGUCCGUUUUAGGUCAAAAUUCAAACAGACUUUAAGUAAUAAGCAAGAAAAUAGAGCUAAAUAACUAUUGUAAUCACUUUUAACGUUAGCAUUUUGAAAAUGGAUUAUUUAUGUUCUUUAACUCCUCCAAGGAUUUGUAAAUAGAGAAAUAAAUAAACAGAUAUUUAUCCGCCA